AUGGCCAGGAUGCGACCUGUCCCCGCGGCGGCGGCGGCGUCCGGCCUGGCGCUGGGCUUGCUGCUGGCCUCCCUCGCCGGGCCCUCCCUGCAGAGCGGCGAGUGCCCGCAGCUGUGCGUGUGCGAGGUCCGGCCCUGGUUCACGCCGCAGUCCACCUACCGCGAGGCCGCCACGGUGGAUUGCAACGACCUGCGCCUCACCCGCAUCCCCGGCAACCUGUCCGGCGACACGCAGGUGCUGCUGCUGCAGAGCAACAGCAUCGCGGCCACGGCCGGCGAGCUGCAGCGGCUCUGCAACCUCACGGAGCUGGACGUGUCCCAGAACAACUUCAGCAGCAUCCGCGAGGUGGGGCUGGCCAACCUGAGCCGGCUCACCACGCUGCACCUGGAGGAGAACCAGAUCGCCGAGCUGCCCGACCGCUGCCUGCAGGGCCUGGGCAGCCUGCAGGAGCUUUACAUCAACCACAACCAGAUCCGCGCCAUCUCGGCGCAGGCCUUCGCCGGCCUGCGCAGCCUCCUGCGGCUGCACCUCAACUCCAACCGCCUCGGGGUGAUCGACAGCCGCUGGUUCGAGGCCACGCCCAACCUGGAGAUCCUCAUGAUUGGCGAGAACCCCGUGGUGGGCAUCCUGGACAUGAACUUCCGGCCCCUCGCCAACCUGCGGAGCCUGGUGCUGGCGGGCAUGUGCCUCACCGACGUGCCGGGCAGCGCGCUGGUGGGCCUGGACAGCCUGGAGAGCCUGUCCUUCUACGACAACAGGCUGGCCCGGGUGCCCCAGCCGGCCCUGCAGAAGGUCCCCAACCUCAAGUUCCUCGACCUCAACAAGAACCCCAUCCGCAAGAUCCAGGAGGGGGACUUCCGGGACAUGCUGCGGCUGAAGGAGCUGGGGCUCAACAACAUGGGCGAGCUGGUGUCCGUGGACCGCUUCGCCCUCGACAACCUGCCCGAGCUCACCAAGCUGGAGGCCACCAACAACCCCAAGCUGUCCUACGUGCACCGCCGGGCCUUCCGCGGCGUGCCCGCGCUGGAGAGCCUCAUGCUCAACAACAACGCGCUGCAGGCCGUGCACCGCGCCACCGUGGCCUCGCUGCCCAGCCUGCGCGAGAUCAGCAUCCACAGCAACCCCCUGCGCUGCGACUGCGUGCUGCGCUGGGUGGCCGCCAACUCCACCAGCAUCCGCUUCAUGGAGCCGCUGUCCAUGCUGUGCGCCGCGCCGCCCGAGCUGCGGGGCCGGCCGGUGAAGGACGCGCUGGCCCGGGACGCCGGCGAGCGCUGCCUGCCCAUGAUCGCCCGCGACGCCUUCCCCGGCCGCCUGAGCGCCGCGCUGGGCGCCACGGUGCUCCUGGACUGCCGGGCCCUGGCCGAGCCCGAGCCACAGAUCUACUGGGUCACUCCGCGCGGCCGGAAGGUCACGGGGGACACGCGCUCCGACCGGUACACGCUGAGCGGCGAGGGCACCCUGGCCAUCGCCGACGUCCGCGCGGAGGACUCCGGCAGGUACACCUGCGUGGCCCAGAACGCAGAGGGGGCGGACACGCGCGUGGUCACGGUGAGGGUCAACGGGACCCUCCCGGACGGGGCCCAGGUGCUGAAGAUGUACGUGAAGCAGACCGCGUCCCACUCCAUCCUCGUGUCCUGGAAGGUGGCCUCCAACGUCAUGGCGUCCAACCUCAAGUGGUCCUCGGCCACCAUGAAGGUGGACAACCCGCACAUCACCUACACGGCCCGUGUGCCCGUGGACGUCCACGAGUAUAACCUCACGCACCUGCAGCCGGCCACCGCCUACGAGGUGUGCCUCACCGUGGCCAGCGUCCACCAGCAGACGCAGCGCUCCUGCGUCAACGUCACCACCAAGACGGCCGCCUUCGCCCUCGACGUCUCCGACCAGGACGCCAGCACCGCCCUGGCCGCCGUCAUGGGCUCCAUGUUCGCCGUGGUCAGCCUCGCGUCCACGGCCGCGUACGUGGCCAAGAGGUUCAAGAGGAAGAACUACCACCACUCGCUGAAGAAGUACAUGCAGAAGACCUCAUCCAUCCCGCUCAACGAGCUGUACCCGCCGCUCAUCAACCUCUGGGACGCGGACGCCGAGAAGGACAAGGACGGGGCCGCGGCCGCGGAGGCCAAGCCCGCGGCCCAGGUGGACACGUCCAGGAGCUACUACAUGUGGUAA